AUGUCAACGCGCGCGGGCUCGUCGCUCGUCGUACGCCCUGGCCCGACUACCUACGCUCGCACCCAGCCCUACCCCAACACCUCGUUGCCCUAUCCGACGCCCGGCUCGAGCUCGUCGUCCCGUCCUCACGGCUACGGCGCUCAGGCCGGCGGUCGUCCUUAUGGCGUCGGCAACGCUGGGGCGUCGGCUGCUUCGGCCGCCGCAUCAAGUCAUGCUCAUCUAGGCGGAAGGGCCCUGGCGAGGGAGCGCUGGGCCGCUCAUUUCGGCGGAGGUCAGUCUCGUGUGUUGGGUGCGACGACGCGUUCAGAGCCACUGUGGAUGUGGUCCUCGUCGUCGCGAGAGAGCGAGCGCACCCACCCCAUCGAGGAGCACCAUUCUCACGACUGAACCCUCUACGCUCUCAUCUUCCUCAACAGCUCACUACUUGGAACCAGGGCCUCACAACCGUCUCACCCUGUCCUUGCGAUCCGGCCUCGCCGGUGAGAUCGAUUUCGCGCUCGAACGGCUCGUCCAAGUCGCAGGCACAGAUCCCGACCUACUGCGAUUACCCGACUUUCCCGGACUCAUCGAUGCGCUCAUCGGCAUCAUCAACUCCUACCUCGACGUCAAGCAGGCGCAACGUGCGACCGUCCGAGCCCACCUAAACGCGCUCUCCGUUGACCACAAACGAGAGACCUGGCGAAGAAGGGCGUGCGAGGCCGGACUCGUCAUUCGCAACAUCGCUUUGGAACGGUCUAGCGCCAAGCUGCUGCAGACGAGCAAGAAGCUGCCGGCUUUGAUCGCGGACGUGCUCGACGAAGGCGCGAGGGACGGACCCGAGGGGGAAGAGAUCGCCGAGCUACGGCUCCAUGUCCUCGAACUGCUCGAAGUCAUCGCCGAGCAUGUACCUCUCACGCUGCCAGGCUAUGCGAUUGCGACGCUCAAGGAGGCAUCAGGUCACGGCAAUGGUCCGUCGAAGCGAGCACCCGAACCGGCUUCAUCGCCGGCCGUGCGCCUCUUCGCUCUUCUCGUCGCUCUCACGCGAUCGACCGACCGAGCACUCGUCAUCUCCUCCUUCCGAUGCCUCACGGCUCUUUCCCAGAAUGACAAAUCCGAACCCGUCUUUGCCCUCUUCUCGUACCACGAGCACGCCCCUCUACCGAAGCCCUACCCGCACCCCAUCGACACCGCUGUCGAAUUGCUUCCCGUCGCCGACUUCGAGAUCUCCUCCGCCGUGCUCGACUUUAUGUACCAACACACCCUCAUCCCUUUGAACGCAAUCGCGUUCGCGGCUCGACCCGAUUUACGAGGUAUCCUGUCGCUCGUGACGACCAAGUUUCAUAUCGGCGCAAGGAAGGAGAUUGUCGAAGUGACGCUUCCGGUCAAGGGAGGACAGGCUGCCGAGUGGCAUCGCAAGUUGGCACCUCGACAUUCGUCCGACCCUGGGAUCGCAAUGCUCAACGUGCAGAACCCAGCUGAGUUAGAUGCGGAGGAGAGCGCCAAGUUGCGAGUCCUGAAUGAGCCGGAGAGGACGUUGACUUGGUAAGUCUUUUCCGUCUACUCUGUGCCUGGUGAAACGCCACACUGAUAUGUUUACGGAUCAUCUAUAGGAUGCGAUACGUUUUUGAAGCCGAUCCCGAAUCAAGUCUGACCCAGGUCGCGUUCUGGACGGCCUACCGAGCGGAGUUCGAGAAACCUUUGCCCACCGUCCCGAUGAGCGCACCUUUGCUCGCCGCCGCUGACGUGAUCAAGAUGUCGACCGAGGCGCACCCCACUGCGAUGCCGAUGGUUCAUCAAGAAGGGAGCGAGCGCAAGUUCAUCAUUCGGGGACUGCGAGUUCGCGAACGAGUUGGUGGGUGCCCCUUGCCUCACUUUUUCAAUAUAUUACGUCAAUUGACGCCUACUCAUUGCGGACUAUACUUGCAGAUCUCGAAAAGGUGUUUACGUGCAGAUGGACGGGCUGUGAUGCGGCGCACGGGUAUAAAUCGGCUUCUGCGCUGUACGCUCACCUCGAGCAGAGGCAUGUCUCUGUCGCUUCCCCCGCAACGAGCUGCUAUUGGACCAAAUGCCCCUUCACGACGUUGAACCGAAAGGAAAUGUUGGUCCAUGUGCGCGUGCACGUCCCCUCCCUACCACACCUCGACAUCGAGUCCCUCGCCGCCGAUCAUUCCACCGCAUUCACGACCUCGGCAGAUCGACUGAACCCACCUCCCGUGCUCGAUCCCACAAGUACGUUGAUGCAUCAUCGUUACCAUGCAGUUUUGGACGAUACGGGAGAACCAGCGGGGUUGGGCUUCCUCGCGUGCAUCGUCAUUCGUAAUGUCGCUCGAACGGUCAAGCUUUCGCUCGGUGCAGCAGCCGGAGGCGCUUCGGUCCAUUCGCUCAUGGGUCCAGGCGCGACGUCGAUCUUUGAACAGCUCGCUGCGGUCGAAGAGAGUGGUGGAGCGAACGCGACGAGGGAAAGUGUUUGGGCGAGGUUGGAACGACAUGAUUUCGCGGAGGCCAAGGUGGGGGCUGAGGCAUUGAUGGCGAUUGAGGAGAGGUUGAUCAUGACGACGUCGGAGGAUCAUGGAUUGGGCAAGAUCUUAGGCGAGGUGCUGGAUGUGGUGACGAGCUGUCGGAAACUCGCUGAUGAGGCGGCGGGGGAAAAGUCGGCUCAGGUCGCUGCGGCUGAAGGUAUGUAA